CGGUGCUGCGCAGUUUCCGGAGCGGAUCGCAACCCGGAGUCCGGAUCCGAUCCCGCUCUGCACAUUCCAAAGGCAGGUGUCGGCGAUGGCGGAGGACGGCAGCGAGGAGAUCAUGUUCAUCUGGUGUGAGGACUGCAGCCAGUAUCACGACUCCGAAUGUCCUGAGCUGGGCCCCGUGGUCAUGGUCAAAGACUCCUUUGUGCUAAGCAGAGCCAGGUCAUCCCUUCCUUCCAACUUGGAGAUCAGACGACUGGAAGAUGGAGCCGAAGGCGUGUUUGCUGUAACGCAGCUCGUCAAGCGAACGCAGUUCGGUCCCUUUGAGUCAAGGAGAGUCGCCAAGUGGGAGAAGGAAUCUGCGUUCCCGCUGAAGGUGUUCCAGAAGGACGGGCACCCCGUGUGCUUUGACACCUCCAACGAGGACGACUGCAACUGGAUGAUGCUGGUGCGGCCGGCGGUGGAGCCCGAGCACCAGAACCUGACGGCCUACCAGCACGACAACGACGUGUACUUCACCACCUCGAGGGACAUCCCCCCGGGCACCGAGCUGCGCGUGUGGUACGCGGCCUUUUACGCCAAGAAGAUGGACAAGCCCAUGCUGAGGCAGGCCUGCUCCAGUGUCCACGCUGCAGGCACCCCGGAGAACAGCACCCCGGUGGAGUCAGAGCCGAGCCAGUGGGUGUGUAAAGUGUGUUCUGCCGCCUUCCUGGAGCUGCAGCUCCUGAAUGAGCAUCUGUUGGGCCACUUGGAACAAACCAAAAGCCUCCCCCCGGCCGGCCAGCAGGAGGGGGCUCCAGAGAAGGAACCUGACGGGUCUCAGGGGGAGCCUCCCGCAGUCCCCAAGAGCAUCAGUGCCGCCAAAGAGCAGAAGAAAAAGCCUCGAAGGGGGAGAAAACCCAAAGCCUCGAAACCAGAGCAGAAACCAGAACAGCCCUUGGUCGUCAUUGAAGACAAGGAGCCCGCAGAGCAAGUGGCCGAGAUCAUCACCGAGGUGCCACCGGACGAGCCCGUGCCUGCGGCGCCGGACGAGCACAUCAUGGAGCUGGUCUUGGGGAAGCUGGCCACCACCACCACCAGCGAGGCUCCUUCAGUGCCAAAGUUCCCGCAUCAUCAGAGCGGCAGCAUCACCCUCAAGAGGAGUCUGAUUCUCUCCACCCGGCACGGCAUCCGGCGGAAGCUGGUCCGGCAGCUGGGGGAGCACCGGCGGGUGUACCAGUGCGGCACCUGCAGCAAGGUCUUCCAGAACAGCAGCAACCUGAGCCGGCACGUGCGCUCGCACGGCGAUAAGCUGUUCAAGUGUGAGGAGUGUGCGAAGCUGUUCAGCCGAAAGGAGAGUCUAAAGCAGCAUGUCUCCUACAAGCACAGCAGGAACGAGGUGGACAGCGAGUACAGGUACCGGUGUGGCACCUGUGAGAAGACCUUCCGCAUCGAGAGCGCGCUGGAAUUUCACAACUGCAGGACAGGAACCCUAGCUCACCCGGGAGAGGGGGGGACCAGUGGCAGUCGGCUUAGCGACCUACCAGAUGACAAGACGUUCCAAUGUGAGAUGUGUUUCAGAUUCUUCUCCACCAACAGCAACCUCUCCAAGCACAAGAAGAAGCACGGGGACAAGAAGUUUGCUUGUGAAGUCUGCAGCAAGAUGUUCUACCGCAAGGACGUCAUGCUGGACCACCAGCGGAGGCACCUGGAGGGCGUCAGGCGAGUGAAGAGGGAAGACCUGGAGACCAGCGGGGAAAGCCUGGUCCGCUACAAGAAGGAGCCUUCGGGAUGCCCCGUGUGUGGCAAGGUCUUCUCCUGCAGGAGCAACAUGAACAAGCACCUGCUGACCCACGGCGACAAGAAGUACACCUGCGAGAUCUGCGGCCGCAAGUUCUUCCGUGUGGACGUGCUCAGGGACCACAUCCACGUCCACUUCAAGGACAUCGCUCUGAUGGAUGACCACCAAAGGGAAGAGUUCAUUGGCAAGAUCGGGAUCUCCUCCGAGGAGAACGAUGACAAUUCUGACGAGAGCGCGGACUCGGAGCCUCACAAGUACAGCUGCAAGAGGUGCCAGCUCACCUUCGGCCGUGGGAAGGAGUACCUGAAGCACAUCAUGGAGGUGCACAAGGAGAAGGGCUACGGCUGCAGCACCUGCAACCGGCGCUUCGCCCUGAAGGCCACCUACCACGCCCACAUGGUCAUCCACCGUGAGAACCUGCCCGACCCCAACGUGCAGAAGUACAUCCACCCCUGUGAGAUCUGCGGCCGGAUCUUCAACAGCAUCGGGAACCUGGAGCGGCAUAAACUCAUCCACACGGGUGUGAAGAGCCACGCCUGCGAGCAGUGUGGAAAGUCCUUCGCCAGGAAGGACAUGCUGAAGGAGCACAUGCGCGUGCACGACAACAUCCGGGAGUACCUGUGUGCCGAGUGCGGGAAAGGCAUGAAGACCAAGCACGCGCUGCGCCACCACAUGAAGCUGCACAAGGGCAUCAAGGAGUACGAGUGCAAGGAGUGCCACCGCAAGUUCGCGCAGAAGGUCAACAUGCUCAAGCACUACAAGCGGCACGUCGGGAUUAAAGAUUUCAUGUGUGAAUUGUGCGGAAAGACUUUUAGUGAGAGAAACACCAUGGAGACCCACAAGCUCAUCCACACAGUGGGCAAGCAGUGGACCUGCUCCGUGUGUGACAAGAAGUACGUCACCGAGUACAUGCUGCAGAAGCACGUGCAGCUCACACAUGACAAGGUCGAGGCACAGAGCUGCCAGCUGUGCGGGACCAAGGUGUCCACCAGGGCCUCCAUGAGCAGACACAUGCGACGCAAGCACCCGGAGGUCCUGGCCGUGAGGAUCGACGACCUGGACCACCUCCCGGAGACCACCACCAUUGACGCCUCCUCCAUCGGCAUUGUGCAGCCUGAGCUGAGUCUGGAGCAGGAAGAUUUAGCAGAAGGGAAGCCCGUGAAAGCCGCCAGGAGAAGUCACAAGAGGAAGCAGAAGCCGGAGGAGGAGGCAGGGGCCCCGGUGCCGGAGGACGCAGCCUUCAGCGAGUACUCGGAGAAGGAGCCCACGUUCACGGGCGCUGUGGGCGACGAGACUGACUCUGCCGUGCAGAGCAUCCAGCAGGUGGUGGUGACUCUGGGGGACCCGAACGUGACCACUCCAUCGAGCUCGGUUGGCUUGACCAACAUCACCGUGACGCCCAUCACCACGGCAGCCGGGACUCAGUUUACCAACCUCCAGCCGGUGGCCGUUGGGCACCUAACCACCCCGGAACGUCAGCUGCAGCUGGACAACUCAAUCCUGACCGUGACCUUUGACACUGUCAGUGGCUCCGCCAUGUUACACAACCGCCAGAAUGACAUCCAGCUGCACCCCCAGCCGGAAACCUCGAACCCGCAGUCCGUGGCCCACUUCAUCAACCUGACCACGCUGGUCAACUCCAUCACGCCCCUGGGAAACCAGCUCAGUGACCAGCACCCGCUCACGUGGCGGGCAGUGCCCCAGACUGACGUGCUGCCAGCCCCGCAGCCGCAGGCCGCCCCUCCGCCGGCGGCGCAGCCCCAGGUGCAGGCCGAGCAGCAGCAGCAGAUGUACAGCUACUGAGGCGCCUGGUGGAGGACUUGCAAGGGAACCUCAGAUGGGCUUCCUUGUGUGUUGUUGAGAUUUGUUUGCUGGAUACCAAACAGAAAAAAGAAUCAUCCAUUGCAAUGUAAGUAAGGUUGAUUAGCUUUUGCAGACUUGUCUCCAAAUCCCGCAGCAACCAGCAUGGUCUCCCAGUUUGGCUACAACAGGUGUCUGUAGACCCAGGCAGGGUGCAGGCACUGCCUUAGCCGGACAGCUGGUUGGGCUGUGGCCACGCCUCCAGCCUUCCCCAGCAAAAGUGGGUCUGGUGGACACUGCUCCAGAAAGCCACACUUCAAGAGAAGCAGGACCCCAGGAGGCGAGUGCUAUGUUAUUGGGAGCAUAAGGGGUUUGCUUUAUUUUUCCUCUGGAACUCAGUUACUGUAUCAAAACGUGGACAGUCCCACGUGUGGCAACAAGCUGCAGUGACAUGCAGCUUUCUCCUUGCUCCUGGAUAUUUUUUGCAAGUGAGCAAGUAGAAGUUCAAUUAACACUGAGUCUCCACUUUGAAAUCUGAGUUGAGCCGAAUUUGUUUCACAACUUUGGGCUGAAACCAUGUAUGAGAAGAUGGCUGUGAGAGCACAGGGCCCCCUCUGGCUUCAGGUUCAUCCCAGGCCAGGGGUCAUGAGGUCGCUGACUCAGGCAUAAAGGCCUCUUCGUAAUUUAAUUGAUUUUUAGGAUCAUUUUUUCUUUUUUUACUUUAUUUCAAGCAUAUAUUAUGUAUUCAAAACUCAGUUGUGGCCAUGUUUUUUUGUUUUUUAUUUUAACAUGCAAACGUCAUUUGCACUGUAGGACGGUUGGUCCAUGUCCAGUCUGCACAGCUGCCCCAAUGCAAAGGGGCACACAGUUGUGGGCAACAAGGAAGCCUCGUGCUCCCGUGCUGGUGGCACCUUUGGGAAUGACUUCCCUGCCACCACAUGUAUUUAUCAUGGUGGAGGCUCAGCCAAAACCCCCUGAACUGAAGAACAGGGAAGAAAUUCAUGUGUUUUCUUCUGUUUAAACUUUAAUUCCAAAGGUUGACGUGGUUCAAGAUCAGUUUUCUCUACAAAUGUGGAGUAGGCGUGGAAAGCAUAGGUUUUUGUAAGACACAGUGAUACUGCUGUUUCCUGCCAGGCAGUGAGGAAAGCAGAGGUUAGUUCAGCAGUAGAGCCAUUAAUGCGCCCAUGAGCGUGCUGAGUAGCGACCAGAUCUGCUUCCCGGGACACGCCCUUCAUCCGUGCACCCAUCCCAGGUGGUGGGCGAGGAUGAGGCCCACCAGCAGCCCGCCCUCCUGCCUCAGCCAGAGAAACAGAACAAAGUUUGAUUUUUACUCUCCUAAUAUUUUUAACGCUGUCCAAAAUGAAAUGAUAAAUUUGCCUUAUCUGUCCUUGCUCACUCUGCCCCAGACCCUGUAUGAUUUGGGAGAUCCUCUUGAAGAAAGACUGAAUAGGAGUCGGCAGGAGCUAAGUGAUAUUGCCGGUGAGGCUGAGGACGAUUUGCUACGCAAAAUGAAUUUUCUCAGCACUUGCUUUGUUCCGCAUGGCGAGAUUCUGAGGACAGGGCUAGAGUUUGUUUUGUGCAAUACACGCCUUCACAAACUGAGGAGACUCCUCACCCAGUGGCCGUGGAAGGGCCUGUAGAGUCCCCCUCCUCCACACAGCUCAUGCAUACACUCCCAGCUCUCGCCUCGGAUGGUUGAAGUAAUUGUGGGAGAUUGUUUGACUUUUUAAUUUAUGAUAGUUAUUUUUAUGUUAUUUAUGUAUAUAAUUACCUGCUUUUUACAUAAUAGUUUCAUCAAAGGAAUUUGGGUGAGGGGUGAUAGAUUUUCUAAAAUAUUGUCUCCAUUCUCCAAAUAUAAGGGGUCCAGGUACCCACGGAAUUGCCCAGAAUGCCAGGGUUCCUAAGAUAUUUUUUAAGUAUCACCAACACACUGACAAUUUCUUUUUGCAUUUGCAGAAUAUAAAGGGCAAAUGACCAAGUAAAGAAAACAGAACAGACAUGAUCAAACGUCUGCUAGCAUUCCCUUUACUCCUCUUCCUUGUGAAGCAAAGGCCUUUUAAAUCACAGUUUUAUUUUUUUAAAGAAGUUGUGUUUGUGCCUAGAGUAAGAAUGCACCGGAUGUUCUUGAAGAGCCUAACAUAGGUUGUGUGGCCUGGUGUCCUACCACUGUUCAUUUAAAUAACGGACGAAUAAGAACACUUCUUGUUAUAAUAAGUGAGAACUCCACGUAAAAGUGAGGUGGAGUCCUGAGUUUCCCGUGGAUGGAUUUGGUCUUCAUAGGGCUGCUGUCUGAGGCAGAAUGGAUUCAGGUGUCUUAAGACAGUUGCUCUCUGAGUGCAUGUGGAAGAAGCUGGGGAGCUAGAACCCCAAGUUCUGCUCAGCCCUGAGUCAUUGACUGUAGAUUGUUCUGCGCCUGUAUCACUGUUCACUGGCAGGAAUGUUUCAUUUUUUAACUGAUCCCAGUUGCACAGCUGUAGCCAUAAAAGCAAAUUGGCUCCAGCCUUUGUGGCCACCAGGCUCUGUGAAUCCAUCUCGGUUGUUCUAAAUUAAUAAAUCAUGAGAAUUUAUUUGGGGGCCUCUGGAUUUGUAAUGUUGUGUCAUUCUGGGCCACAAGAUGGCGCGAACCUUGGGGAGUUGGACCCCAAUUCUGACUCCUGAGUUCUGAGCCCGGCGGCAGGAAGGGACUGAGCCUCUGGAUCGGCCGUCCGCUGGGACCUGUUCUCUGCAGGCGCCACCUCUGGGUCCCACAGGAAACCGCUUUGGAGAAUCUGGGCAUGGGAGGCAGAGUCACGGACUGCACAUGUGUUUCCUAAGCUACACGUGUGUUUCCCCAGCUACACGCAUGUUUUCCAAGCUACUGUGUCCAAAGGUGUAAGGCUCCUGCUUCCCACCUGGAGGCGCUGUCGGGACAUUGCCAUUGGUUUUGAAGUUCAUUAAGACUGUUUGGAGAAGUUAGUGUAUUUUAUGUCCCAUCAGUUUGUUUAAUGAAAAAUAAAAGGUGCUGUGACCUGUGUUUUUCAA